CAUCGUCCAACUCGUAUAUAUUACCCUUCUUUGUCAGCACUAAACACUCCUUAACCUCUGCCAUUCUAUAGACCACUCAUUUCUCCAGCAUACCACGAUGAAGUCUACAGUCACUCUCGUACUCGCAGCCGCAUCUUUACCGCUGGCACGCGCGGCGGGUUAUAACCUACUCCAGAACUGGCAGGGCAAUACCUUCUUUGACAACUGGUCCUUCUACGGUAACUUUGAUAACCUGACCAACGGAGACGCCGUCUUCGUCACGCAGGCAGUUGCACAGUCUGAGCCCCAGCUCGCAUUUAUCAACGGUGCGGGGAACGCCAUAGUCCGUGUCGACAAUGCUUCCAACGUCGUAUACCCAAACAAGCGCAACACGGUGCGCCUACAAAGUUUGCAGUCGUAUGGCAUUGGCAGUUUGUGGGUCAUGGACGCUGUCCAUCUGCCCUAUGGUUGCUCCGUCUGGCCGGCGUUCUGGUCUCAAGCGGCUAAGUGGCCUGAAGGAGCAGAGAUUGAUACGCUGGAGAAUGUGAAUCUGGCUCAGGCAAAUCAAAUGGCUCUACACACUGUCGACGGAUGCACAGUCACCAGUUCCGCCGCCAUGACGGGUAGCCUGACAGACCAGGACUGCGGAACUGAGCUGCCGACCAAGACCCAAGGCUGCACUGUGCUUGACUCCAACUCUGCUAGUUACGGUGCGGCCUUCGCCGCGGCUGGGGGCGGAGUGUAUGCUACUCUACUCGCGGAAUCUGGUGUAUAUAUUUGGUUCUUCCCUCGCGCCAGCAUCCCGAGUGACUUGUCUGUUUCUAAUGCCAACUCAUCGCCGAACCCUGAUGGGUGGGGAGAGCCUGCUGCAUAUUAUCCUUCAUCCACUUGCGCCACAUCCACAUUCUUCGAACCGCAGUUCAUCAUCCUGGACAUCACUCUCUGCGGCGAUUUCGCAGGUGCUUUGACUGUGUACAACCAGACUUGCGGACCGAUCCCUUCCGACGCGCCCACGAACUACUGCUACACCACCAAUGUCAUCGGUAAUGGCACUAAUUACGACCAGGCAUAUUUCGAAGUCCAGUACAUACGUGUUUGGAGUAACACAACUACCAACAGCUCCUCUACUGGCAACAGCUCGACCGGCGGUUCUGGCGGGAGUUCCGGGGGCUCUUCGUCCGGAUCGAGCGGGGGCACCGGAAAGUCGUCUGCCGUCCCUCUCCUGACGCAGGGGGCUGCUCUGGCGGCGGCCUUUUUGGGAAUGAUCGGUGCUCUCGCGCUUCUCGUAUAGAUGGAACCGGGUUUACAUUACAACUCUGGACAGCCGGACCCAUAAUCUCACGAUCUCCACUUCCGUGCGCUUCCCAUAAUGGGUGGUUGUAUUCUUUCCCUUCUUUCAUAUAUUCUCUAGGAUCAUACCACAGUUCUUAUAGUGCAGAAUUCAUUCAACCGAUAGUACAGUCAUGCAAUCU